UUCGGAGGCUUCCUCGUCCCGCGCGCCCCUCCUCCAGUGACGCGACACCACUCUACGCGAGGGGUUCCGCUGGUAGUUGUGAUUGCUGACUGCCCCGCGUGGAGUGGACGCUCCAGGAUGCCAGGGCUCUGUGCACUGACGCAGUUCGAAUGCCUGCAAUGCUUUCUGCACAGGCUCCGCCUCUAUUAGUGCAUUUUUGUGGAUUUACCGAAUGAAUAAAAAUAGUUACUGUGGUCCCAGGUCUUGCGUGGUUCUUCACAGGAUCGGCCGUUUACCCCCUAUUUAGUUCUGUGCCCUAGAGCGCCCUCAGCAGCCUCCAGGUGACACGCCAGCAGAAGCCAGGCAGGAUGGCUGUGGACACAAGAAAGUCUGCCGGCCAGUUCCACCCUGAAUGGGGCCAGCAGGGGCCUGCGGUGGUGAAGGUGGAGCUGGAGGAGGACAACCCCAGGAGUCAGGUGCCGGACAACCAGCCCCCUGCCUGGGAGAUCUUCAGACAGCGCUUCAGACACUUUUGCUACCAGGAGACGCCUGGACCCAGGGAGGCACUGCGCCGACUCCGCGAGCUGUGCCGCCAGUGGCUGCGGCCCGAGACGCACGGCAAGGAGCAGAUCCUGGAGCUGCUGGUGCUGGAGCAGUUCCUCACCAUCCUGCCCGAGGAGCUCCAGGCCUGGGUGCGGGAGCACCAUCCGGAGAGCGGGGACGAGGUGGUGACGGUGCUGGAAGAUCUGGACGGAAAAAGAAAUGUACAAGUUUCAGCCUGUGUUCUGGAACAGGAAAUCCUUUUGCAGAGAGUGACCCUUCAGACACUGGAUGAAGAAUCUUCAUACACAUGGGUUCAGCCCCCAGCAAUCCAGUUCAAGGGCAAAGGACCUGAGCCCCAACCAUCAGAGGAAGGAGAUGGUGGAGUGAGGACUGACAACGUGAUGUUAGAUGUGAAGCAGGAACUCUGUGAAGAAACAGAGCCUUGUGGGAAGGGGUCUGAUGGACAGGAUGGAACUUCAUCUCAGCGUGCCAAAUACACAGGGGACAGGGAGCCCAGUGGAACUUUGGAAAGGCAGGACGGGGGUGCCCCAGGUAGAAAAGUCUCUGCCUGUGAAGAAUGCAGGAAAACCUUCGCCUGGACAAGAGGCCUUCACAUGCACAGGAGGACCCACAGCGGGGAGACAGCAUGCUCACACACAGAGCGUGGAGAGGCGUUCAUCAGACGGUCAGAGCUUAGCCAGCACCAGGAGCUUCGUGGCGAGGAAAAGCCUUAUCACUGUCAAGAGUGUGGCAAAGGUUUCAGUCAGAAAGCAGGUCUCCUCCAACAUCUCAAAAGCCACACUGGAGAAAAGCCAUAUCGAUGUAGUAAACGUGGCCGGCGUUUUAGUCGGAGAUCAGUUCUUACAAAGCAUCAAAGUGUCCACACUGGAGAGAAACCUUUUGAAUGUACAGACUGUGGAAAAGCCUUCUGCCAUAGUUCAGACCUAACUGAACAUCAGCGAUUCCACAAGGAGAAGCCUUAUGAAUGUAACGUGUGUGGGAAAACCUUCCGGCAACGUUCACAUCUGAUUGAGCACCAGCGAAUCCACGGUGAAGAAAAACCCUAUGAAUGCAAAGUGUGUGGAAAAGCCUUCACUCAGUAUGCAGGACUUAACCAACACCAGAGAAUCCAUACUGGAGAGAAACCUUUUGAAUGUCCUGUGUGUGGACGCGCCUUUAGCCGGACCUCAGAACUCAUAAUACAUCACAGAAUCCACUCGGGGGAGAAACCCUAUGAGUGUGCUGAGUGUGGCAAAACCUUUAGCGUGAGCUCAACCCUGGUCAUACAUCAAAGAAGCCACACCGGGGAGAAGCCCUAUAAAUGUGGUGAGUGUGGCGAAGCCUUCAGCCAACGCUCGGGCCUUAAUAAGCACAGGUUGGGGGGGAAGCACGGGAACCCCCCUGAGCCAGGAACACACAAGUGUGGUGAGUGUGGGAAGACCUUCACUCGGUCGACCGGCCUGCGGAACCAUACGAGAAUCCACACUGGGGAUAAAACCUACCAGUGCCCUGAGUGUGGGAAGGCCUUCACCAGGGGCGAGCAUCUUAUCGAACACCAGGCGAUUCACAACAAGGUAAAGCCCUAUCAGUGUAAAGAGUGUGGCAAAGCCUUCAGUCAGAAGACGGGUCUUAGUCACCAUGUCAGAAUCCACACGGGAGAGAAGCCUUUUCAGUGCCCGGAAUGUGGGCGCGCCUUCAGUUGGAAGUCAGAUCUCAAGAAACAUAAGAGAGUCCACUCGGAGGAGAAGCCCUAUGCGUGUGAGGAGUGUGGGAAGGCCUACAGGCAGAGAGCCACGCUGCUCCAGCACCUGAGGGGCCACGGGGAGCUGAGCCCGGCGGGCCGAGUGAGUGCGGGGAAUCCCCCUGGGGGCCCCGACCCAGUACCAGAGAAUCCGCUGCACCCCGACACCCCGCCCAGGCAUGAGGUGAAAACUGCGGGGAGAAUCCACGACUCCUUUUCUUAACUGAGAUAAAAUGUUUCUUGAACUUCAUUAUUUAAAGAAAACCAGAGAUGCCACAUUGGAAAGUUUUUAUAGGAGCGCUGCGGUGGCUCAGUCCGUUAAGCAUCCAACUUUGGCUCAGGUGGUGAUCUCACCAUUCAUGAGUUUGAACCCCAUGUUGGGCUCUGUGCUGACAGCUCAGAGCCUGGAGCCUGCUACGGAUUCUGUGCCUCCUUCUCUCUCUGCCCCUCCCCUCUUACGCUCUGUCUCUCUCUCAGAAAUAAAUAAACUUGGGGCACCUGGGUGGCUCAGUCGGUUAGGUGUCCGACUUCAGCUCAGGUCAGUAUCUCACAGUUCGUGGGUUCAAGCCUCGCAUCGGUCUCUGUGCUGACAGCUCAGGGCCUGGAGCCUGCUUCAGAUUCUGUGUCUCCUUCUCUGUCUACCCCUUGCCUGCUCAUGCUCUGUCUCUGUCUCUGUCUCUCUCUCAAAAAUAAACAUUAAAAAACAAACAAAAAAAUUUAAAAUAAUAAUAAAUAAACGUACUUAAAAAAUAAGUUUUUAUAAAGGUCAUUGAUGCUGGAAAAGUUGAGAAUUUAGAAAACUAAACGUCAACAAGCAAUUUACAUGUGAUUACCUUUAUUAAAUGCAACUAAGUAUCAGUUAAUAGGAUGAAAAGUCCACAAGGGAAGCUAUAAAAAAAAUUAUAUUUUCUACUGAAUUCACAAGUUUUCAUGUAGUGUGUUUUCAACCCAUUCUAAUUCCUCACUAGCUUUAGCUUAGCCCGGCAUUGAAAUUACUACUCUGAGUACUGGCCCCGGGACACUACAAUGUCCAAGUUUGGAAUGUGCGAGAUGAGUUGUCUUGUUUCCUUCCCUCCCUAACCACGCCCUUAGCCACAAGUGGGUGGCCUGCAGACCCUUCCUGAUCUCCACCCCUAUAAUUAGCAUUUCCUGAUGAAGAAAGGAUGUGUUAUAUAGUCGUUUUUUUUUUUAAUGUUUAUUCAUUUUUGAGGAAGAGCACGAGCAGGGGAGGGGCAAAGAGAGAAGGGGGCAGAGGAUCUGAAGCAGGCUCCAGGCUCCGCAGGUGACAGCACAGAGCCCAAUGUGGGACUUGAACUCACAAACCAUGAGAUCAUGACCUGAGCCGAAGUUGGACGCUGCUCAACCCACUGAGCCACCCAGGCACCCCGAGGAUGUGCUAUAGUCUGAGUGGCGUGGAGAGCAUAGUGUUUUGGCCUCCAGUAGCUCAAAAUCAGGGGUGGGGGCACAUUCUGACCAAAGCCAAGGGCAUACUCUUCUCAUUGUGAGCACGCUCCUUGAGCUUACAACCGAGGACAGAAGGGAAGAGGGAAAAUCAAACUUUUCAUUCCAGCAUUUUCGCCCUCCUACAAGUUAUAUUUACACAACUGAAAACCUCUUUCGGAACUACCUGUGUCCCUCGGGCAAUGACAUGAGGGACUUCUGUGCUGAACCUCAUAAUAGUUUUCAAAUACUGGAGAGUAUUUUCUCUCCAGUAUUUUUUUUGUGCUGUCCAUAAUGGAACAGCUACAGAUGUGACACAUUUUAAAGUUUAAUCUGCAUUAUUAACGCUGUCUUCAACACUUUCUUAAAUCUAGACAGCCAGCAAGAGAACAAUCCUGCUUCUCCUUUUCUUUCAUGUUUGCAUCAUGUCUCUUUUCCAUCCUUUUACUUUCCAUUUACCUGUAUCAUUAAAUUUGAAGAGUGUUUCUUACAGACGGCACAUAUUUGGGUGACGGGUUUUUAAUUUAUUCCACCAACUGUUGUCUUAGGAUUGGUGGAUUGAACUGAAGCGUUUUCUACUUAAUGUCAUUAUUGGUAUUUUAAGGCUUAAGUCUGCUAUUUUUUUUCUUGUUCCCUGUGUUGCAUGUCUGUGGUUUCUCUUCCCUGCCUUCUUGAACAUGAUUUUGGAAGUCCAUCCUGACUGGUUUAUAAUGUUUUUGAAUGUAUCUCUGAAUAGCAUCUUUGUCUUUGAUAAAGCUGUUAUUUUGAACUGGCUUGCAACCCACAUACACUCUACCCCUUUCUCUCCAAGAAAUACAUCAGGUUUUGUUAAUCUUGACUUGAGAACAACCGUAGACAGGAAUACAAACAUUCUAAACAGACACAGAGGACCAGAGUUGGGUUCUUAUCAAAGUCUGUGUUGGUUUUUUCUGUUACUGGUUACUCUUACAUCUCAGGAGAGCCCGUGAUGAGGCCCAGCAGAGGGAGCCCGCCAGGACUUCUGGAGCUAAGAAUGGCUGAGAGCAGGACUCUGUUUUUAUUCUCAGCCUAUCUCCACACUUCAAGCAGUACCUGACAUGUAUUCGUUGCUCCAUAAAUAUUGAAGGAAGGAAGGAAAGGAGGCUUCUGGGCCUUGGUCAGCUCUGAGUUAGUUACCAGUGGCUGAGGCUGGAGACACGACCAGGCGCUGAUCCUGGAGCUCCUGGUAUAUUAAGUGGUUCUUGACCAUCCUGCCUGAAGACCUACAGGCCUAAGUUCAAAAACAUAAUCCAGGGGAAAGUGAUACCUUUGCUGUGGGAGAAAUCUGGUUAACGACACCUUAAGUAAUCCAACAACAGCUAGUAAUGGGAUGAACUGAUAUAUGGCUUCUGAUAUCAUUGCUUCACUGAGGACACAUCACUUCUGUGGUAUUUUUGGCAAAAAAAAAAAAAAAAAUGCAUAACCUGAAUCUAGUCGUGAGGAAACAUUAGGCAAACCCAAGUUUAGGGCAGAGUGUUCAACAGACCAACUGCCCUGUGUUCUUCAAAAAUAUCUAUGUUUGAGAGACAAACAUUGGGGAAUUGUUUUAGAUUAAAGGAGAUUAAGAAAUGUAACGUGAGCUCAAUGUGUGAGCCUAGGUUGGAUCCUAGACUGGAAUAAAAUUUAUGUGAAGAACAUUAUUGGGACAGUUGGCAUAAUGGAAACAUGGACCAUUCAUUCAAUAAUAGUAUCAGUGUUCAGUUUGAGUCAGGCAUUGUUUUGUGGUCCCAAGGCAGAAUGUCUCUGUUUUUAGAAUGUGCAUGUUAAAGUGUUCAGGGAUGAAGGUUCUUGGUACCACAACACAUCUUUAGGAAGUUUAGUGGGUUCGCGAAUGACAGCAGUCAGGUAUACGUGGAGGAGAAAACCAAGUGUCAAGCAUGAAUAAUAGGCAAAUCUCAGUAAAAGGGAUAUAGCACUCAUGUUGUUCCUAUAAUUUUUUCUAAGUAAAGGUUGAAAUAAAAACCAUACCCACACCAGAACAAA